GCAGAAAACAAAUAUCUUCUUUCAAAGUGUCGUUGCGCUCACUUUGACCGGUAAUAAUACGAGACUUGGUGAAAUCAGCAGCUAGAGGGAAACUGAAGUGCUUGUUCCCUAUAGCUUCUCUGCCUCCGCUCGCUUUUGAGCGACAAUACAGAAACUUUGCACUGUAGUCGAAGAUUACCUCAACGCCUUUCUCUCUUUAGACUGUUACGACGGCAUUUUCCUGCUGGAUAAGCGCCGAUUUGAAAGGAAAAACAUCACUUAAAUAUCACAUUUUUCAGCGAUUUUGGAUGCACCGAUGAGAGAUCCAGUUUUUUCAGGCAGUGCCAUGGCUUACCACCCUUUCCACGCUCACCGGCCCACCGACUUCCCCAUGUCAGCGUUCCUGGCGGCCGCUCAGCCCUCCUUCUUCCCGGCUCUAGCGCUGCCGCCCGCCGCUCUCACUAAGCCGCUGACGGAGCACAGUCUGGCCGGAGCCGCCGAGGCUGCGCUCCAUCCGGCGCUCAGUCACCACCAUCAGGCCGCUCAUCUGCGCAGCCUCAAAAGUCUAGAACCGGAGGAAGAGGUGGAAGAUGAUCCAAAAGUCACACUGGAAGCCAAGGAUCUAUGGGACCAAUUCCACAAAUUAGGAACAGAGAUGGUUAUUACUAAAUCUGGCAGGAGAAUGUUUCCUCCCUUUAAAGUCCGAAUAAACGGACUUGACAAAAAAGCCAAAUAUAUUUUGUUGAUGGAUAUUGUGGCCGCUGAUGACUGCCGCUAUAAGUUCCAUAACUCGCGCUGGAUGGUGGCGGGGAAGGCCGACCCGGAGAUGCCCAAGCGCAUGUACAUCCACCCGGAUAGUCCAGCUACAGGAGAGCAGUGGAUGGCAAAACCUGUCGCUUUCCAUAAGCUCAAACUGACAAACAACAUUUCAGACAAGCAUGGAUUUACUAUACUGAAUUCAAUGCAUAAAUACCAGCCUAGGUUCCAUAUUGUGAGGGCCAACGAUAUUCUGAAGCUUCCCUACAGCACUUUCAGGACAUAUGUGUUUCCCGAGACGGAAUUCAUUGCUGUCACUGCCUAUCAAAACGACAAGAUUACACAGCUGAAGAUUGAUAAUAAUCCCUUUGCAAAAGGCUUCAGAGACACGGGAAAUGGAAGGAGGGAGAAAAGGAAGCAGUUAACUCUGCCCUCGUUACACAUGUAUGAGGUUGGACAGUGUAAAGUGGAUCGGGAAGGGGCAGACUCAGACGCGUCCUCAGGCGAACAGGCCGCAGCCAAGGACUCAGUUCAUUCCCCUCUCGGACCUGCAUCCAGUCCUCUCACGUUCACCAGAGCCAAUAGAGAGGAUAAAGCUUGCACCGACAGUGAGCAUGAAGCUGAGCAUCAAGAAGACCUCUGUGGAGAAUCGAGCAGUCCUAAACCACCAUCUCCAUUCAGCCCCAGAAGUGAGGAGCAGUCGAGAGAGAGACCAAACACGGAGAAGAAGGAGGACUAUUUGGAUUCAAGAAAGCAAAACGAGUCCGUAUUUAGCCUAGGCAACCUCGAUAAAGACAAACUGGAGAACAAGCACAGGAAAGACACUACAGAGUCGUCUAAGAAGGACGUGGACAAUGGGGGUCUUAGCGGAAGUAAAGAGAGUUUCUCGCCCCUUAUGGUCCAGACAGAGAGUCCAUCACAUUUCGGAGCAGGACAUCUGCAGAGUCUAGCUCUCUCUGGCCUGCACAGUCAACAGUUCUUUAACCCUCUGAACACCGGACAGCCUCUGCUCUUUCACCCAGGACAGUUCGCGAUGGGCCCUGGAGCAUUUUCUGCUAUGGGUAUGGGACAUCUACUGGCUUCAGUAUCAGGAACAAGCGGUUUGGACAAUGGCAGCCUUUCGGCACAGGGAGCCGGAAGUAGCCCUAAUCCAUUUCCCUUUCACCUGUCUCAGCACAUGCUAGCCUCUCAGGGUAUCCCCAUGCCUCCAUUCGGUGGUCUGUUCCCCUACCCGUACACGUACAUGGCUGCAGCAGCUGCCGCGGCUUCUGCGCUCCCCACCAGCAGCUCUUCCUCUUCUCUCUCCCGGAACCCGUUCCUGAACAGCUCACGGCCGCGGCUACGCUUCAGCCCCUAUCAGCUUCCAGUGGCUAUUCCUCAAAGCACAAACCUGCUCACCACCGGAUUGCCAGGCGGCCUGAAUCCUUCAUCGGAGUCCUCGAAAUCAGGCAGCAGGGAGGCCAGUCCUGUGCCCGAUCAACACAACCAUAAAGCCGCGUCCUCUCAGAGAAAUGGCUCCCCAAAAGCCACACUGAAGGAGUCCAUCAAUGAACUGCAGAACAUCCAGAGGCUAGUGAGCGGCCUGGAAAGCCAAAGGGAGGCAUCAUCACCCAGAAACUCUCCCAAAUGAGCCAGGAUCAACAAACCUAUCCAGGGCAUGACUUGAACUGGCAGAGGAUGUUAUUAUCAAGUGUCUAUCCGAAGGAUGUUCGUAUACUUUUUUUUUUAACCCAUGGAUGAUCGCAGUGGCAAUAGCAAACAAGA